AAAAAAAAUCCUGCUCGCUGUGAAGUGUAUCUUAAACGCCGUUUUCGAAGCAAGAAGUCUCAACCUCAACACUUAAAAAAACAAACUUUGAAACCAAAUCACUUUGUUUAAAUUAUCUCUAUUGUUAAACAAUCAUCCCCUCUUAUGAGCAGUGUACUUAAUGCCUUCAUUCUUUAAUUAAACAGAUCUAACACUCAUGACCUUUUUAUGAUUAUCAUUAUGCCCUCCCCCCUUAAUUUGAAUAAUUACGAUGAACUUUUCAUUUUUAUUACUUUUGGAAAACGACCUACUUAUCAGUAUUUUCACUCUCUUGUUGAUUCCAAACCGUGGAGUUCCUUUACUCCUUUCUCUAUUCUUUUGUUAUUAUAUAUCUUCCUUCUUUUCCAAAGGUUUCUUUUUUCUCUUUUUCUUUAAUUUCUUCCUCCUUUCAAUUUUCAAGUUACUUUAAUUUUGUUUCGACUUCUUGAAAGCUGCCAUCGUUUCCUACCAGAUCUAAACUAUAGUCUACCAUUACCUUUUCUUCCGACCCAACAAUGUCGAAAACAAGAGCCCAAUCCGCUUUAGAAAAGCUAAUUCAAUCUCAAAAAGAUCCUAAAUCACAGACAGAGGGAUAUUUCCAACAGAAACGACUUGCAAAGAAGGAACGUGCUUUUGAACCCAAAAAAAUUGCUUUGGAAGAAAAACGGAGGAAAGAAGAAAAAGAGGCAGAAGUUUCCAAAUACUUAAAGAGAACUAUGCGAGUUGAAGAUGCCGAAAAAGCUGUCCAUGAUAUGAUAUCCAAAAAGAAUGAGUCUAACAAGAAGAGGAAGAGAAAAGAGAAGAAGAUAAAUGAUGACGAUUAUGGCGUCUUCGAAGAUGAUGGUCUUGUUCUAUAAUUCAUCACUUGUUGAGCGUCGUUGAUGUCGUCGUUUCUUUGUCUAUAUACAUGUCCUUUUUUUAUUUAUAAUCAGGUAAAUGGGUUGUUUAGGAAUAUUAUCUUUGCACAUAAUUGUUUUUACGUAUCAAUGGUAAUAUCCUUCUACGCCUGAGUUCAUUUGCAGCGAAAAAUGUUAAAGACAAACCACAGGCUUAAAAGAUAAUGUAUCAAUUUUCUCUGUAGAUGUAGAUGGCUCAUACAAGAACUUAUUUACGUUAUUAUAUAUGUUCGCUCAUUAUGAAACGAAAUCGAUAGACUGGAAAAAAUUGGGAAAUUUAUACAAAUUAUCCUACUAUUUUAUAAGAGAAGGGAGUAAAGAAAGAAAUUCAAAUAGAAAAUGAAAAUACGACCAUCUCGUGAAAAC